CAAGUACCUUCGUCCUCGCAUCGGGUACUUUAUUGGGUGUCCCCGUUUCCCUUGCCCACUGGCCUCUCUUCUUAAUUCCCUCCCUUCCCCUAACAUUCUUUUGUCACCUCACAUUCUUUUCAUAUCUCGCUCCUUUUGACCGGCUAUCUAGAUGCCUUGGAUAUUUAUAUUCAUGAUGCUCAUUGAGUUAUCUUGCUCUCUCCGCAUUACUGUUCCAAGCGGGGUGCUCAUUGGGGCGAACACAUCGAUCCAUCUUUUGUAUUCUGAUAACGAUCCAUCAAAUUUCGUUCUACGCACCUUCCUGAAUGAUGAGGGUCGGUUAGAUGCGUCAAAGUUUUCAAUGAGCGUCACCAAUUUUAUGAAAGACACCGUGUUUUAUGCAUCGUUUGCCUAUAUUGGCAAUUAUUCCAUCAUGGCCUUUCUAAACUCAGAGUAAACAACAGUCGGACGCACGGUCGUCAUUCUCUCAAAGUGACAUCUUUCAUGUCGGGGAACCCUUCAGUUAUGAAGUUCAAAAACGGGAUCCAGUACCUCCUCUG